UGUGGAACUCACAACCCAAAAACAGAGCAUCUCUCUCUCUCUCUCUCUCUCUCUCUCUCUCUCUCUCUCUCUCUAAGUUGAUAAUGUUAAGGGAGGCACAACUCGUGGGAGUAGGCCUCAUGACAGUAGUCAUCCAUGCCUGCUUCCUUUCAGUUUGUGUUGCUAAGCAUCACAAGUACCAGAGAUGCAGCCCAUCUUCCUGCGGAGAUAUGAGGAACAUUUCCUACCCUUUUCGAUUACAAGACGAUCCCCCCAGCUGCGGUUACCCUGAGUAUGAAUUGAUUUGUGAAAACAAUCGUACUAUGAUAAACCUUCAUGGUGGGAAAUACAAUGGGAAAUACUUAGUUACCCAGAUCAACUACCAGAAUUAUACAAUUCGGGUAGUGGAUCCUGGGCGAAAGAAGGACAACUGUUGGAUCUCCAGUCCCCUCCAUUCCAUUGGUGCAAGCUACACUGGGAUUGAGUAUGAGUAUGGCUAUGAAUUUCCAUAUUCUGUGCCUCGGCAAUGGAAAUAUGCUAAUUCUCUUGCGCGUUUUGAACCCAUAGUCUAUACAAUAGUUUUGAUCAAGUGCCAGCAGUCAGUCAGUGGUGACAACUACAUUCCUAUAAUUCCAUGCAACACUAGAGGCUCUUCCUCUUCCUCACCAACAUACGCUUAUGCAGUUGUCGGAGACUAUGUGUCGGUGGGAGAUAUUCCGUAUUCAUGCACCAUUGGCACAUCUAUUAUUAUUCAACCAUUGAAGUCACUUCGAGAGCCCAGCAAUCUUUCGAUGUCAGAUUUGCAAGAUUACCUGCUUCUGGGGCUUCAGCUUUCAUAUUUGCCUCAGUUCUGCCACCGCCAAUGCAAAAUGAAAGGGCAAUAUUGCUACGGUAUAGAUUUCACUGCGACUGCCUUUCAAUGCAAGACGCUAUGGAACGAACGUGCCAACCCUGCAGAGAAAAAUUGGCUUUGGAAGUUUAUAACCAAUGAUUUAUUCCUUCCCUUUAUUAGUAAGGCUCCAAUUAGAAGCUGCUUUUCAAUCAAAUCUUUAUUUUUGUCAUUUUUCCUAAUUUUUUACAAAAUUUCCUAAUUCAUUGUUAACAGGGGGGUUACUUUCUCC